AUGGACACCCCGUAAACUGACCAGCUAGCUUAGCAGAGCUAUUAGCAGGAGACUGUUAACAUUGCGAUGCUAAUUGUGCGCAGGCGAGCCUGGACAUUUACACUGUCAGCGUUUAUUUUAACGAACAUAAGAAAGAAAGCUUUACGUUGGGGCGAGUUAUUUUCUCAAAUUUCCUAUUGUUCUCUAGACUAGGUGCUGAGCUGUGGAGGACUUCUGUAAACACAUUAGUUAGGAGCUGUAGGCAGCUUUUUCUCGAAAAACACGCAGUAGAUAAAAAAAAGAGUGUUGUUAGCUUUAUGUGUGGGUGUUGAUCAGCAUCCAGUGUACCCGGAUACACACGUCUUUUGUAAAUAAGCUACACGUUCUGUCAUUUUAUAGUUGGAAUUGCGAUUAAAAUCUUGUCACUUGGAGGAGCAACAUGUGCGUACUGAAACGCUUAAAUGAACUAAAGUUUACUGUGACAAGUCCAAAUUAUAUAAAUAUUGUGCAACUGUGCAUUUAUUCAAUUACACAUCGAGUAUAAAUACUAACAUUUUUGCAGAACUUUAAUACACUUUUAUGCCUCUACAGUAAGCCUAAACACUAGUGAAUAUUUAGAAAAGGAUUGUAAAAACAGUUUUGUUUCCAAAUGUUUUGUUUGGCAAAAAUUGCUUAAGAUUUGUCCAAUACAAAAAAGAACUGCUGCUUUAAAGGGUGUAGAUGAGCAAAAGGCAAUAUUAAUUAGAUCCAAAGAGGGAAAUCACUUUGCUUUCCAAGGCAAAUUCAUAACAAUGGAGAUGAAAGUGGAACAGCAAGAGGAAGACAUUGCAUUCAGCAAUUCUGACACUAAUGGUAAACGUCCUGCUGAGGACAUGGAUGAGGAGCAGGUCUUCAAACGCUCACGCAACACAGAUGAGAUGGUGGAACUUCGAGUGCUGCUUCAGAGCAAAAAUGCUGGAGCUGUUAUCGGAAAGGGAGGAAAGAACAUAAAAGCUCUGCGCACAGACUACAAUGCCAGUGUAUCAGUCCCAGACAGCAGUGGCCCAGAGCGGAUCCUUAGUGUGAACGCCAGUAUCGACACCAUUGGAGAUAUUCUGCUGAAAAUCAUACCAACACUGGAGGAGUACCAACAUUACAGCGGAACCGAUUUUGACUGUGAGCUUCGCCUGCUGAUUCAUCAGAGCUUGGCUGGAGGCAUCAUCGGAGUGAAAGGUGCCAAAAUAAAGGAACUGAGAGAGAACACCCAGACUACCAUCAAGCUGUUUCAGGAAUGCUGUCCACACUCCACCGACAGAGUUGUCUUAGUGGGAGGAAAGCCUAAACGUGUCAUUGAAUGUAUAAAAGUUAUCCUGGAGCUUGUUUCAGAGGCACCAAUUAAAGGUCGCACCCAGCCUUAUGACCCAAACUUCUACGACGAGACGUACGACUACGGCGGCUUCACCGUGUUGUUCGAGGACAGGGGCAGGAGGCCCAUGGGUGGGUUCCCUAUCCGCGUGCGUGGGGGUUUUGAGCGCAUGCCCCCUGUUCGCAGCAGACCCAUGCCUCCUUCCAGAAGGGACUAUGACGAUGUGAGCCCCCGCCGGGGUCCUCCGCCGCCACUCAGCAGACGAGUGGGGAGCCGGGCACGAAAUCUGCCUCUUCCACCGCCGCCACUUCCAAGAGGAGGUGGAGACAGGUUUUCACAUGGCAGCUAUCACAGUAGCAUGGAUGACAGACCCAGCGACAGAAGAGUUCGAGGAGGAGACCGAUACGACAGCAUGAGUGGAAGUGGAUAUGGUGGUAGAGGCUCAUACAGCGACAUUGGAGGCCCAGUCAUCACAACACAAGUUACCAUCCCGAAAGAUCUAGCAGGCUCUAUUAUUGGGAAGGGUGGCCAGAGGAUCAAGCAGAUCCGCCACGAGUCUGGGGCCUCCAUCAAGAUUGAUGAGCCACUAGAGGGCUCUGAGGACCGCAUCAUCACCAUCACAGGGACACAGGACCAGAUCCAGAACGCCCAGUACUUACUGCAGAACAGUGUGAGGCAGUAUUCUGGUCGGUUCUUCUAAGGAGAAGUGAAGGAAGACUGAAGCCAUGCUGCCAAACUGUUUGCACUCGUUGUUCAGAGCCAACAUUCCUCUGCUUUGGGUAGAAGUGCCCCUUCCCUUUAAUGUCACACAUUACAUCAUCUAUGUAUACAUUACAGGUUUUACUUAAAGUUCUUAAAAAAAAUCAA